UCCAGGCCCUGGGAAACAAUUCAGGCCAAUUGCAGUAUAGAAUUGAUUAAUGUUUUCCAGCUACAACAAUGAAGAUGUUUAGUGGAGAUCCCAAACUAACAAAUUUGCUACCGAGCAAACCCACAUGCUAGCUGUAUUUUAGCAGGGGUGGAAAUCCAAUUCUGGGGGGGGGUGGGUUUCAUAAAGGUUCAAAGUUGUUUUUUCCCUUCUCUCGUGUUCUUGAAGACUGAGACAACCCCAGCUACAACCUCUGGAGCGUGGACAGAGAUAGAGCUGGCAAAUGGAUCCUUCCAUGAGCAGCUGCAUGCGGAGUCCCCGUCCCAAUGCCCCACUUUGGGGGUGUCUACGGAACGGCACCACGGAGGUCAGCACUGCAUCCGGGCUGAAUCAUUACCCUCAAGCACCCUUCUCAUUCCAUCAAAAGCCAGACUUUGCUACAUAUUCUGAUUUCUCAGCCUCCUGUCUGGCCACCGCGCCCCACAGCUUCCCUCGAGAGGAGCGCGGGUUUGCAGAGCAGCACCCUUCCCUCCAGCCUUCCGACUGGCACUUCGCAGCCUCUGAGGCCAGAAGGCGACUAAAUCCUGGACUGGCUUUGGGUUCUGGGGAGCUAGAAGGUGGCAGCCCAAACCUGGUGGGUGCUGCGGGGAGUGUGAAUGAAGAGUAUGGGGUACCAGGCAACAAUACUAAUGAAACUGAGAAAAAGGCUUCCAGGAGGAAAAAGGAAAACUCAGAAAACCAGGACUCCAGUAGCAAGCCAGAAGCCAGCAGCAAAGCACGCAAGGAGAGGACAGCUUUCACCAAGGAGCAGCUGCGGGAAUUAGAAACAGAAUUUGCUCACCAUAACUAUUUGACAAGGCUCAGGAGAUAUGAGAUAGCAGUGAACCUGGACCUCACUGAGAGACAGGUUAAAGUGUGGUUUCAAAACCGAAGAAUGAAGUGGAAGCGUGUUAAAGGUGGGCAGCCAGUGUCCCCUCAUGAGCAUGACCCAGAAGACAUGGACUCUGCUGCCUCCCCAAGCUCUGACUAGUCCCUCUGCAGCAGUAGUACACUGAAUAUGGGAAGCACUAUUGAUCAGAACAUUGAUGCCAUACAGUUCAGAAGCAGCUGCAUGAUUUUCAGACACCCCUCCUUGUCCUCCUAUGCCGUUCUAAGAUCUGUGAUGUCUCGCCACUCAGAGGUGACUGUGCAAGGCCCAGGGGAGUGAUAAGAGAAAGGUCUGGCUUUGAUUUUUGUCUGAAUGAACCAAGAUGUCCAGCACUGUCUGAACAAUGCCAGUGUAUAUACAAUGCUAACUAAAACCACUGAAUAUGAAGUAGAAAUAAAGCUGCCUAAAGCUGGCUUUCUAAGAACGUGGCUGUAAAUCCUCAGAAAAUGCAUGUUUCAAGGCAGCAUUUUAUGAUCAAGCAAAGUAGUUAUACAGCUUCCCAUUUUAUAAUCUUUAAAAAAAGUGCAGCCCCAACUUAUAUACAGGCCUGUGCCUGCCAUUUGUGGAAGAGAUCGUGUCCAGAAAGACAUGGAUUUCCAUUAGAGAGCCAAGAUGACAGGUGCCUUGCUGAUUCCAAAAGUUUGUUUAAUUACUCUUAUUGGAUACCUUUAAAGUUCCUUGAGCAUGUCAAGAAUCAUCACUCUUCUGGACCAGAAGGUGAAAUGUGUUUUGGUAUGUCUUCUAAAAGAAAGCUGUUCCUUUCUGUUGUGUUACUCAUAGUUGCCUGUGGAACUCCUCUUGGUAUUUACCUGCUGUGUCCUUGGUUAGAGCUCAGGAUUGUUUGGGCAAACAGGAAACAGUGUCCUGUGAGAUGACUUAGUUGAAUUAAUUUGUCUUAAAUUCUUGUUUCUUUUCUUUUUGGUGAAAGAACUUUCUUCAAAUAAGCAUGCGUGUGUGUCUGUGUGUGUGAAUUAUGUAUAAAUAUGUGUCCAUAAUGCUGUGUGUUGUGUGGAUAAAUAUUUACUACAUAUGCACUCUUCUCAAUUGCUGAGCUGAUCAAAUUAGUGAUUCAUUAUCUGAACAAUUUAGUUAUUUUUUCUACCUGGAAACUUACUGUGAAGAGCUUGAUUUUUGUGAAUUGAUUCACCAUUUGCAGCUGUUUGGAUAGCUGAUGCAAACACAUUUUUGCCUAUGAAUUGUUUGCAUACUGUUUAUUUUUAACUGUUUGUAGUUUGUGAUUGGCUGUCCAUGCCACAUGAAAUUGGUUUUUGAUCCCCUGAUGGGAUGACAGACUUUUUAAAAAAGGAGACUAGUGAACAGUAAAUGAAGGAAAGGAGGCAUUUAAUAACUAAUUCUCUUAUGUGUGUACAUCCAUUUUAGUAUUGAAAUAUAGGUGCUAGUGUGAAGAGCAACAUUUCAAAACAUCAGUGUAACAAAACACAGACACAAACAGGUGGGGGCAUCAUCAUCAUCAGUCAUUCUCAUAUCAUGGGACUGCCACGAACGAUAACUAGGGUUGUUUAGCUCAGUGGAGGCGAUACAUUGUCUAGGAGAUUUCUGCAAGAUCUUUUGAUAGAAGGUGAAAGAGCGACAGCACAAAGGAAUUGUGCCAACUUACAAAAGUGCAUUUGCACCUUGAGGAGACUAAUGUAUGAAGCUAUCCUAAGAUUAAAAAAAGGAGUGUGUACAGGCAAAUUAGUUUUACCACAGGAUAAACUGACCAAGGUCAACCUUUACCCACAAGUUGACCUCAUGGUAAACCCUUGCCAGCUAAGAGUUUUAACUUGAGACUUCUCAUGUAGAUUAGUUACCCCAAGGUUUAAAAAAAAAAAAAGUUUUGUAGCAGUCCAGGAAAUCCAAGUGUUGUAACAGAAACAGUAAGGAAUUAGUUUGUGUGAGGCAUGGGCGACUAGUGCCUCCUGAGUCGGGGGGGAGGGGGCACUUACCCCCCCAA